CAUCAGCGGGGCAGCCCACCUACUCUUCUUAUCUCUUUGAUGUAUAAUACUGUGAUACCCAUCUAAAUAGUACCUCACCGAAAAAGGAGCACAUGUUGCGAGCCUUGUGAACUAAACUAAAGAUAAGCAGAACUAUUAUGUCAACUGAGAUAAAAAACGACCCCUCCGUUGCUUUGUAAGACGGUUCCACUCGGGAUACAGCUUCAGGUAGCAUUGACACAUACUCCCGAUCGGUUUGUUCUCCCAAGGUUACAUAGGUGCGGUCAUUAUACAUCAGAGGGCCUUACCGAUAUAAAAUAUUGAAAGCGAGAAGCGCGUCUUCAUUUUAAAUAUUAUCAUACAAAGCGUGGUUUUAUUGAGUCUCGUCUCUCCAUAAAGGCUCAGUCAGAGACCGCCAGUGAAUCUCGUCCUAGUAUCGAUCGCAAUGUCUGCAAUUCAAGAGACGGGAGGCGAGAUCGACACUCUGAGCAACGAUAUCCUCUUACUCUUCGUACCCUUCGCAGAGAAGCCGGAAUGGAUAGAGCGAAUAACCAAACGAUUUAAGGGACUUCAAAUUCGAUGGGUUAACUCAAUAAGGGACAACCACAUAAUUGUGAAGGCCGAAGAAGUUAGUCCUGAGAAAUGGGAUGGCGUCACCUUACUCACAUCAUUUCUGCCUCCGCCCGCGGAAUUCAUACCCAAAGUCCGCUUUGUGCAACUUACCUCCGCAGGCGCCGAUAGGUGGCCUGGUCAUCCGAAAUACCAAGAUGAGAACGUCAUAUUUUGCACCACAAACGGAAUUCAUGCGCCGCAGAUCGCGGAAUGGGUCAUCGGCGUAUGGCUCUCGCAUCAGCACAAUUUCCUGCAUUAUGCAGAAAACAUGAAGACGAGGUUCUGGGAAUCGCCAUUCGCAGCGCGUGCCCAAGAUUCAACGAACCUACGGAUAGGCAUUUUGGGGUACGGCGCCAUCGGGCGGCAAUGCGCGCGCCUCGCCAACGCCUUAGGCAUGGAGAUCUACGCAUACACACGCAGCGAGCGCGCAACCCCCGAGUCCCGAAAGGACGACAGCUACUGCGUCCCGGGAACCGGUGACCCCAACGGUCUCCUCCCCGCGAAAUGGUUCCACGGCUCCUCACGCGCAGACGUAAACGCCUUCCUAGGCCAAGACCUUGAUCUACUAGUCAUAAGCGUGCCCUUAACCGCCGAGACGCGGCAUAUCCUAUCCCACGAACAAUUCGACAUCCUCAGCGCGAAAAAGACUUUCGUAGCUAACAUCGCGCGCGGUGGACACAUAGACCAAGACGCGUUAAUAGAAGCACUCGAAAAGGGAAAGAUUCGCGGUGCCGCGCUUGAUGUUACGGACCCCGAGCCGUUUCCCGCGGAUCAUAGACUAUGGGAUGCACCGAAUUUGUUUCUUACCCCGCAUGUCAGCUGGAAGACGGAUUUCUUGUGGGAUCGGUUGCUGGAUAUUGUCGAGUUGAAUGUUGGGAGGUUGGCCAGGGGGGAGAGGUUGAUUAAUGUUGUUAAUCGCACGCUGCAUUAUUGAGGUUGAUUUGGGUUAUUGAUAGACUUGGAUCGUUGGGUUGCUAUGAGGGAAGGAUGGUUAGAAAGGUCAAUAUAGAUCUCAUUGAGCUACUGCCCCGUUGUGGCGUACAGCGUACAGCGUACAGUGGAGCCCCUCGGAAAUCCGCGCCGCCUAUGUCCGAGCAUGUCGCUAACGACAGCCACAUGGUCAUUCAUUUCAACCAUAUUCAUGAACAGAUCUUGGGUUAUUGGUUGAAACGUAUUCCAUCCCGCCGUUACUAUGCCUUGGAAUCUACCUACUCGAAAGUGCCUAUUCCGGAAUCAAGGCCAGGCGAACACUCCGGACAUCCGAUGUGGCACUCUACCAACGUUAGCGCCAAGCGGUCGUGG